AAAAAUGGGUAAUACCGAAAGUAACGUAACCAGUGGUGUUAAAAAACAAGCUGGAGUCUCCACACAAGCACUUUAUAAGUUCGUCAAUUUAAAAGGUGGUGGUCUUUUGGUGGAUAUGAUGAAACGAGCUUGUCAAAGUAAACAAUUUGCUGAAAUUGACCAUGCCAUUAAGACAAAAGUCGAACCAUUUCUGUAUAAUAAAGGUGCAGGGAAAUACAUUCCAAUAUCAAAAAUGGUUCUAUUACGAAACAAAGAAAGGCCCAGGUAUAAACAACUUCCGGAAAUAAGAGCCUUGGAAAAUCCUGAUGAUGAUUUUAACAUUGACGAACAUUGUCCAGAGGUUUCAGAAGAUGAGUAUAUGGCCAAUCCGAGUCUUUAUCGAUUGGUUUGCUGGAAUUUGAAUCUUCGAGGGGCUGUGGGAGAAACAAUUCUUCAUUUGUGCCUCUUGAACGCCACAUCUUUACACGCAGAUUUGGCAAAGAGACUUCUUAGGUUUUACCCGAAACUGAUUUUGGAUAUCUACGUUUCUGACGAAUACUAUGGUGAAUCAGUCUUACAUAUUGCUAUUGUGAAUGAAGAUCCAGCGAUGGUUAAGUAUAUUCUAGAUGCGGGAGCAGAUGUUCAAGAGAGAUGUUGUGGUGCUUUUAUGAGUGCUGAAGACACAAAACCAUCUCGCUAUGACUCUCCAAAUCAUGAGUACGUCGGAGUUGCUCCAUUCAGUAACUACGAGGGCUAUGUUUACUGGGGCGAAUACCCUCUAAGCUUUGCAGCUUGCUUAAAUCAGGAAGAUUGCUUUCGGCUUGUUUUGGCACGAGGUGCAGAUCCAGACUUACAAGAUACCAAUGGCAACACUGUUCUUCAUAUGCUGGUUGUCUAUGAAAAGGCUCAAAUGUUUGACGUCGGCUAUGAGGUUGGGUCAAGCCUGCACAUUAGAAACGUUCAAAAUAUGACACCGUUAACUUUAGCCGCAAAGUUGGGUAGAGUUGAGAUGUUCUUUCAUAUCAUGAAUAUAGAAAGAGAAAUCUAUUGGCAGUUGGGAAGUAUAACUUGUGCUGCUUAUCCUUUGUCAAAGAUUGACACAAUUGAUCGGGAGACAGGAAAUAUUAAUAAGGAUUCAGCUUUGAAUUUAGUUGUUUUUGGGGAUAAAUAUGAACAUUUGGAGCUAUUGGAUGGGGUUUUGAUUGAUCUUCUCAAAACUAAAUGGAAUACUUUUGUCAAAUCGCGAUUUUAUAAACAAUUUCAUCUCUUCUCUUUGUAUUUUAUGUUCUCUUUGGUGAGUUACACUCUUCGACCUGGGCCACCAAUGGAAGACGAUGAUGAUGAAAAUGACGAUAAAAUGCAAAGUAAUGCAACAGAGGGCGUUGCAGGUAGAGUAAAUUCAAUGAAUAAAACAGUUUUGAGGAGGAACUUUACUCAUUGGUUAAAUCUAACGGAAUAUUUUGAACUUGAGGAAGAAGACACUGGGCCAUCAUGGUGGACAGCAUACGAAGAAUGUCCUUUGAUGCAUUUGGAAACUACAAAAGCAAAGAUCCGAGUUGUUUGUGAAAUUGUUAUAUUUUUCGGAUCAAUUCUUUAUAUAAUGGCUGCGCUGCGAGAAUCGAGAUUUUUGGGUUAUAAGAUGUUCGUUGAAAAUUUGAUGACAGCGCCAUCUCGUGUAAUGUUCCUAUUUUCUUGUUGUUUGAUGAUGACAAUACCCUGGUUGCGAUUAUCUUGCAUGACCGAAGUUGAUGAUCAUGUUGCUGUUGUUAUAAUGCUUACUACUGCCCCUUAUUUUCUAUUUUUCUGUCGUGGUUUCAAAACAGUUGGACCUUUCGUUGUGAUGAUCUAUCGCAUGGUAAUGGGAGAUCUUUUACGAUUUGUUUCAAUUUAUCUUGUUUUCGUGAUGGGCUUUUCUCAAGCUUAUUACAUAAUUUUUCUAACAUUCGACAACCCUGCCACUCCGGAUGACAUCGAUGACACUCAAUCGAAUCCGAUGCCAUCGCCUAUGGAAUCUAUUGUGGCUAUGUUCUUGAUGUCAUUGACAAAUUUCGGUGACUACUAUGGAGCAAUGUCAUCAACGGAACACGAAGUUGAGGCAAAAAUUUUGUUUGUCCUUUUUAUGGUUAUUGUUGGAGUGCUGUUAGUGAACAUGUUGAUUGCUAUGAUGGGUAACACUUAUCAAAAAAUUGCUGAAACAAGAAAUGAAUGGCAACGCCAAUGGGCUCGAAUUGUUUUGGUUGUGGAGAGAGGUGUGUCACCAGCUGAGAGGCUUAAGAAUUUUAUGAAUUACAGUCAACCUAUGUCGGAUGGGAGGAGGGCAUUGGUUUUGAGGUUGAAUAUGAAUGAAGAAGCCAAAGAAGAAAUGAAAGAAGUUUUAGAAAUGAAAAGAAUACAUCAAAGAUUUAAGAACAAACGAAAAGUUGAACGUGAACUACGAGAACAAAAGAAGAAACAAGAAUAUGAAAAGUACUUUGGGCCACCCAAAAAAGAAGAUGAAGAGGAAGAGUUUUAAAGAAAUAUUGAAAUUCCAUUUAGCAAUGGACAAAUUGGUGGAAACUCGGACUUCAAAUUUAAGUUUUACAAAAUCCUUUUUCACAAAAUUUUGAUCUAAUUUCAAAAAAAUUUGCUCAAGCAAGAAAAAACAAAAACAAGCGGCUAUUGAAAAAAACAAAAUUUUGAAAUGCAGUUUCCUAUAAAAAAAAUGCAUUUUCGAAACUCAAAAUCGUUGUUAAUAUUUUUAAUCGGCCUUAUCACGAAUUCCAUUCGUAU